GUCACUAGCGAGAAAAGAUCUCGGGAGGCUGCGAGAGUGCUGGCGCGCAACUGUCACGGUCAGUUUGACAGGUGGGCCGGGCCUGUGGGAGACACGCCUUCUUUACGAUAGCAGCCUCUCGUUGUAGCCUUGCGUUUUACGGGGAGAUGUGCUCUGGGACUGGAAAAUCAAUGGAUGACUUCGAAGAUGACACACACUUCUGCCUAAAAUGUCAUUCUACAAUCAUAGGUCUCGAAUUUUACGUGACCCACAGAAAAAACAACUGCAUGAAGCAGCCAGAUCCAUCAUUGCCAUCCCUUAAAGCAGACGAUUUUUUUUCAUCUCUAGAGCUUCAAAGCAGUUCCAAGAAACUCCUUCAGCAAUCCACAUCGGGUAAACAUUUCAGUGGAGUCCUCACAAGGAGCAAAGUAACCGCUUUCAAAGAAGCUUUAGAACCUUCCAAGUCUGGUAAGAAUGCUUGGAUUGCAGGUGUCCAAGAAAAAGAUCCCGAAUUCGAAGAUAACCAAAGCGGGUUCAUUAAAUCGGUGUCAAACAAAGAUAUAAGCAGGGGUAAAGAAAUGACAAGACUACAAGAUUAUGCUUAUAGUGAGGUUGAGUCAGACGACUAUGAUUUAUAUGAAGAAACUAGCGAUGACGAUGCUCCUCCUAGGAACCACACAGGAGGCAAAUGGAAGCCAACAUCUCCCAUAUACUGGAAACAGCACCAAUCUGAACAUGAAUGGAGGCAUCCUCCUCCCACUUUCACUGGAGGCAAAUGGAAACCUACCCCUACCAAACGAAACUAUUCACCACCUCCUCAACACACUAGGGGUAAGUGGAAACCAGAACAAUCCAAUGAGACUGAAGACCCUCAUUAUGCUCAAUUCAGUGGAGGUAAAUGGAGCCAACAGAGAAAGCAAGAAAAUCAAGAGAUUUCGACUACUCUUCCUAGAGACAAAUUCAGAUCAAAAUCAGAUAUGUCCACUGAAAGAGAUGAGUAUCAUCUCUCACCAGAACCUCCGAACGAAAAAUGGAAACUUGUCGAACUGAUACCUUCAUCGUACACCAAGGGAAAAUGGAAACCAGGUUUUUCACCUCCAGAGCUCAUUCCUUCUAGUUAUACUAAAGGAAAAUGGAAACCUGGAACUUCCCCAGAGCCUACAUCGUCUACAUUCGCGAAAACAAAUGAUGAUACAGUCCCCAAGGAAACUUCAGAGUUGAUGAAAGAUGAGUGGCCUCUCACUACAAAAGCAAAGGAGCAGAAAUGUAAUGAUGAUUCACCGUUGAUUAAAUCGAGUGGUUCAGUUCAAUACUGGUGCAAACCAUGCGAUCGACGUUUAGCUUCCAAAGUAGUAUAUGAGCGGCACCUCAAAUCAGAGUUUCAUAUCAAGAGAACUCUUAGGGAAAACGACUUGGAAGAUAAUUUAAACUUUUUCAAAGAGACACGUAGUACUAAGAGAAAAGCGGAACCUGUGGAGAUAGAGAAAAAAGAAGAAAAUUCAGAGAACAGAAGGGUGAGGAGAAAAACAUUCGAGAAAUGUCAAGUUUGCAACUCCAAGGUGAAUUUCAAUUUGAUGGGUAAACACCUUAUCUCUCAUUACCAUUGCAGAAAGAGCGAUUUAGCAUCGGACUCAUCUCGAAACCUUAUUUUUGAGCAUUUCCACAGUAUAGUCAAGCAGAGUCCAUUUCAAUGUAAACCUUGCAAGUAUUAUUUCAAUAACCAUAAGGACUUCCUCGAUCAUUGGCUGUCUGAAGACCACAUUUUGAACACGGACAAUAAAUUAGGAAAAUUUUUCUGUUCCUAUUGUAAAUUUUCUUGUGAGGGCAAUGAAGAUAUGUACAAGCAUCUCAUAUCACAAGCCCACAAGGAAGUGAUAUCUGUGAUCAAUAGGUCUGUUCCCAUAAUCAUCAAAAAAGUUUAUUACAAUGAAUGUGCCACAUGCAACGAAAGCUUUCCUCUUCGAAUUCAGAUGAAAAAACACAUCGAGAGGACAGGACAUCAAAUUCUGGACAACGAAUUGAACGAAUUCAAAUGUGACGUUUGCCAGAAAAACUUGAGUUCUGAAAUAGCUCUUCAACGCCAUAAGAAAAAUAUACACGGAAUCGAAAGCUUUCUAUGUGGCACUUGUAAAUUGACGUUCCCUAAUUUCGAAGAGGUUAAAAACCAUAGAAAUUCCGAACAUCAUCAUUACGCUACCCUUGAUAAGAAUAAACAAGGAAACGUCAAAAACCUAGAGAAAAAAUGUCAAUAUUGUUCUGCAGUUUUUGAAAACUUCCUGAAAUUGAAGGAACACAUAGGAAAAGAACACGAGGAAUUUCAUCCUAGAUGCCCUCGAUGUGGUAUGUCUUUCAUCGUCCCUCAAGAUCUAUCUGUCCAUUUGAGGACCAAAUCCUGCAAAUUGGAACAGCAGUCGCAGAAGAAGUUUACCUGCAGUACUUGUCCCUUCUCAGUAGACUCAGAAGCUCAACUGCUUUUUCAUGAAACCCUUCAUUCAGAACCUAUUCACAUGUAUCCAGAUAAGAGCAUGUCCAGUGAUAAGAAGGCAACGCCUCAUUACAAGUGUCCAAAAUGUCAAAAGUUCUUUCCAAACUCUUCAUUGUUAGGACAUUUGAGAAUCCACACCAAAGAAAGGCCGUAUAAGUGUUCUUAUUGUGAUCAAACGUUUGUGAGAAAGAAUAACUGGCUGUUCCAUGAGAAGCAGAAGCAUACCUCGGUGAAACUUGAGGCUAGAGAAGGAGGUCAAGAUGUUAAUGAGAGGCCUUACUUAUGUUCGACUUGUGGCGCCAGCUUCAGAAAAAGAUUCAUCCUUCAGCAACAUAUGAAGAUACAUACCGGGAAAUCCUUCAAAUGCACCCAUGAGGGCUGCAUCUUCACCGGUCGAAGCUUAGGCGAACUUAGGAUUCAUUUCCAAACACAUUUCGACGACAGAAAUUUUCCAUGCAAAUCAUGCGAUUAUAAGGGAAAAACGAAACAACAGUUAGCCAGGCAUAUGACAGUUCACGAGGACACAAAAAAAUUCAAAUGUCCCAAUUGUCCCUUCACCGCCAGGACGUCUCACCAUCUGAAGAGACAUUCCAGACUGCACACCGGCAGCAAACCCUACAACUGUCCACACUGCAGCUACAGCUGCAACAGCCUGGAGAAUUUGAGAAAACACAUCUUAUCCACGAACAAGCAUCCGGGAAAAUCCAUCUACGAAUGCAAAUUCUGCAAGGGAGACCGUUUCCAGACCAACUUCUUCAAGGAAUUCAAGGCGCAUUUGCUCACUUUGCAUCCUAAUGAAAUGGACAAAGGGGAUAAAAUAAAAACUUCCGGUGUGUACGAAGCGAGGAAGGACCAAUUCUUCCCGAUUGGAAACUCGACGAACGGCCAACUGGAUGCCGGAGAACCUGCUGUUGACCAUAUUAAAAACGAAGAAACACAUCUCUCACUUGAGGAAGCUUGUUCCCUGCAUCUAGUACCACUCAUAGUUUCGAAGGAUGACAUCAUUGAUGACCCUGGUGCAGAAAACUGGAGUCUAGUAGGGUGCUAUGACGUCUCAGAAUCAGGGGCAUUAAUUGCCUUCAAUAAAGAUGUUCUAUUUGAAGAAAUUCAAUGAAGGACAAAUAAAUUUUAUAGUGUAAUCAUAUCAAUUGAAAUAAAUGAAGAUAAUUUCCAUA